CGGAAACGUCCUAUUUUCAGCUGAAUGGUUCCUUUUCUCAUUAUAUUUCUGUCUGAGAUGAUAUUAUAGUAAUCAUCAUUAUGAUACGACCCUUUUCCUGCCUAAUCUCCGCCCCAAAGCUGAGAGUUUCCGUCGCUCAACAAAGAUGUUUCUCAUCUAAAAUCACAACAAGGGCUUCAGACCCGCUCCGAAUAUUGUUUUGUGGCUCAGAUGCAUUUAGCUGCGAAUCUUUACGCGCACUGCAUCAUGAGCAUGAAAGGAACGCACAGCUUAUCGAGUCUCUGGAUGUCAUGGUUUUGCCUCCGAGGCGAACUGGGCGAGGAUUUAAAGACAUUAGUGAGGUACCGUGUAAAUCUGUUGCAGAACAUUUGGGAUUAAGAAUACAUCAACGAGAGACGUUUAGAGGCUGGAAAACGCCGGAAGGAACUAACUUAAUUGUCGUUGUUUCAUUUGGAUUGUUUGUUCCACCACGGAUAUUGAACUCGGCAAAAUAUGGUGGACUAAAUGUACAUCCAUCAUUAUUACCGCAUCUACGUGGUCCAGCUCCAAUUCAUCAUGCCAUGAUGCGUGGCGAUAAGUACACUGGUGUAUCACUUCAAACGUUGGACCCCAAAGUCUUUGACCACGGCACCGUUCUCACCCAAACACCAUCUCCUGGCUUAGCGAUACCAGACAGUGCUACGCUCCAGAAUCUUACAGAAGCCCUUGCCAAGGUAGGUGCAGAGAUGCUCGUCCAGGGACUACGAGAUGGGCUGCAUGCGCCUCCAUAUACGGACGCAGGGUGGAUGGCCGAGCAACUCAAAGACGAGAAACUGGUUCACGCACCGAAAGUGGGCAAAGGAGAAUCUCAGAUCAGUUGGCCUGACUGGACUCCAUCCCAUUUUGAGCGUUUCGUCAACAUCUUCAGUACGGUGUGGACACAGGCAAGAAAUAAUAAAGGUAAAUUUAAGCGAGUACUUUUUUUGGACGUGGAGAGUGUCCCUGAGCAUGAAGUGACGGGAAGGGAUGAGGAAGUAGUGUUUCGGGUUGAAUCAGGAGAUGAAGGAAAGGAUAUACAGAGAGCUGUCAGAAUCGAUGAUGAACGUGAUGCAGUUUACGUACAGACGGCACAUGGGGGCUGGGUGCGUGUGAAGAGUGUCAAGGUUGAUGGGAAGACAACGCAGACGGCGAGGAUUGGGAUGAGGGAAUUCCUGAAGAAAAUGAAAUGAUUAUAUGACAUGCUACAAUACUAGAAUUUCCC